CAGGCAUCUUGCAGAUAUAUUCAGGAGAAACCAUAGAUUGAUAGAGUUAGAGCUGUCCUUCAAAAGCCCUGAUGACAAAACAAUGGAACUAUUAUGUGGUGGGCUGAAUGAUCCAGAAUGUACAAUAAAGAAGCUAAAGCUUCAUGUAGAGAUAUUGAGUGAAUCCGGCAGCAGGCAUCUUGCAGAUAUAUUCAGGAGGAACCAUAGAUUGAUAGAGUUAGAGCUGUCCUUCAAGAGCCCUGAUGACAAAACAAUGGAACUAUUAUGUGGUGGGCUGAAUGAUCCAGAAUGUACAAUAAAGAAGCUAAAGAUUUCUGGAGAGAGCCUGAGUGAAUCCUGCAGCAGACAUCUUGCAGAAGUAUUCAGGGGAAACCAGAGCCUGAGACAUUUAGAACUGACCCUCAAGAAUUCAAACGAGAAAACCAUGGGACUGUUGUACGAAGGGCUCAAACAUCCAGAAUGUAAAAUAGAGACAUUACAGUUGCAUAAAAGGAUCCUGAGUGAAUCCUGCAGCAGACAUCUUGCUGAAAUAUUCAAGAGAAACCAGAGAUUAAGAACAUUAUCCUUGUCCCUCAAUAAACCAGAUGAUCAAUCAAUGUUAGAACUGUGUAAGGUCCUCAAACAACCACAAUGUACAAUAGAGACCCUAUGGCUUCAUGUAGAGAUAGAGUUAGAUCUGUCCAUUUGCCCUGAUGACAAAACAAUGGAACUAUUAUGUGGUGGGCUGAAUGAUCCAGAAUGUACAAUAAAGAAGCUAAAGCUUCAUGUAGAGAUAUUGAGUGAAUCCGGCAGCAGGCAUCUUGCAGAUAUAUUCAGGAGGAACCAUAGAUUGAUAGAGUUAGAGCUGUCCUUCAAGAGCCCUGAUGACAAAACAAUGGAACUAUUAUGUGGUGGGCUGAAUGAUCCAGAAUGUACAAUAAAGAAGCUAAAGAUUUCUGGAGAGAGCCUGAGUGAAUCCUGCAGCAGACAUCUUGCAGAAAUAUUCAGGGGAAACCAGAGCCUGUUAGAACUGACCCUCAAGAAUUCAAACGAGAAAACCAUGGGACUGUUGUACGAAGGGCUCAAACAUCCAGAAUGUAAAAUAGAGACAUUACAGUAA